CCCUUCCCAAACCUGAGCUGAUUGCCCGGCUGGAGCGUAGGGAAGAGCCGUGGGUCCCGGAUCUCCAGGCCUGCGAGGAAAGGGAGAGCCCGAGAGGCGCCCACACAGCAUGUGAUGGGAUGGUGUGUGAAAACACGGAGGAGAAUCUGCAGCAGGAAGGUCUUGAGCAAGUGGAACCACGUGGGAUGUUAUUGGAAAGAUCUGAAGGGAGUUUUUCCCAGAGGCAUGAGCGGCGAAAAGCCUGGGGAAAUGGGCACAAGCCAGAGAGGCAGCUGGGAACCCAUCCAGGGCAGAAAGUGGGUAAAUCCACAGCCCAGCAGAGAAUCCCAUCAGGAGUGAGAGACAACACAUGCGCCGAGUGCGGGAAAAGCUUCAAUCGGAGCUCAAACCUUAUUUCACAUCAGAGACUCCACACUGGAGACAGGCCUUUUAAAUGCCUUGAGUGUGGGAGACGUUUUAAUCAGCGAGAGCACCUCGUUAGGCAUCAGAGGCUCCACACGGGAGAAAAGCCCUAUAAAUGCCUGGAGUGCGGGAAAAGCUUCAUUCAGAGCUCCCAGCUUAUUACACACCAAAGAGUCCACACGGGCGAGCGACCCUACAAGUGCCUGGAAUGUGGGAAAAUGUUUAGUGAUGGCUCAGCCUUUAUUAACCAUCGGAGAAUCCACACGGGAGUUAAACCCCACAAAUGCCUUGACUGUGGGAAAAGCUUCAAUCGGAGCUCAACCCUGGUUAGACACCAGAGAACCCACACGGGAGAGAGACCCUUUAUAUGCCUGGAGUGCGGGAAAAAGUUUAGUGACAGUUCAGCCCUCGUUGGGCAUCAGAGACUCCACACUGGGGAUAAACCCUUUAAAUGCUCUGACUGUGGGAAAAGUUUCUUUCAACUCUCACGGCUCCUUGCACAUCAGAGAAUCCACACAGGUGAGAACCCCUAUAAAUGCCCCGAGUGUGGGAAAAGGUUUAAUGACAACUCAAACCUUAUUACACACCAGGUUAUCCACACCGGAGAGAGACCCUACAAAUGCCUGGACUGUGGGAAAAGCUUUGGUCGCAGCUCGCAUCUUAUUACGCAUCACAGAACCCACACUGGAGAGAGACCCUAUAAAUGCCUGGACUGUGGGAAAAGCUUCAAUCAGAGCUCAAACCUAAUUACACAUCAGAGACUCCAUACGGGAGAGAAGCCCUAUAAAUGCCAAGAGUGCGGGAAGAGUUUCAAUCAGAGCUCCAACCUUAUUCUGCACCAACGAACGCACACGGGGGAGAGGCCCUACAAAUGCCUCGACUGUGGGAAAAGUUUCAAUCGGAGCUCGAGCCUCGUCGUGCAUCAGAGAAUCCACACGGGAGACAAACCCCACAAAUGCACCAAGUGCGGGAAGAGUUUCAUUCAGAGCUCCAACCUGACGACGCACCAGAAAAUCCACACGGGAGAAAAAAACUGUCAGUGCCCAGAGUGUGGGAAAAUGUUCAGUGACAACUCAGCCCUGAUUAAGCACCGAAGAAUCCAUUCGGGACAGAAACCCUAUAAAUGCCCGGAAUGCGGGAAAGGGUUUAGCGACAGCUCAACCUGUAUUCGACACCAGAGAACCCACACGGGAGAGAGACCCUACAAAUGCCUGGACUGUGGGAAAAGCUUCAAUCUGAGCUCCAACCUAGUUACGCACCGGAGAAUCCACACGGGGGAAAGACCCUAUAAAUGCCUCGACUGUGGGAGAAGCUUUAGUCAGAACUCGCAUCUGAUUAAACAUCAGAAAGUCCACACGAGAACCCACACGGGAGAGAAACCCUAUAAAUGUACGGAGUGUGGGAAGAGCUUCAGUCAAACCUCCAAUCUGAUUUCUCAUCGGAGAAUCCACACAGGAGAGAGACCCUAUAAGUGUAUCGAGUGCGGGAAAAGCUUCAAUCAGAGCUCCAACCUUAUCACGCAUCAAAGACUCCACACGGGAGACCGGCCCUACAAAUGCCCCGACUGUGGCGAAAACUUCAAUCAGAGCUCAGAUCUCAUGACGCACCAGAGACUGCACACGGGAGAGAGGCCCUACACGUGCACGGACUGUGGGAAAAGUUUCAUUUGCCGCUCAAACCUCAUUUCGCACCAGAGAAUCCACACAAGAGAGAGACCCUAUAAAUGCUUAGACUGCGGGGAAAGUUUUGACUGGAGCUCACAGCUUAUUAAACAUCAGAUCUUCCAUACGGGAGAGAAACCGUAUAAAUGUUUGGACUGUGGGAAAAGUUUCAGCGACAGCUCCACCCUUAUUUCGCACCGGAGAAUCCACACGGGGGAGAGACCCUAUAAAUGCCUUGACUGUGGGAAAAGCUUCCAUCAGAACUCAACCCUUAUUAGGCACAGAAGAACCCACACUGGAGAGAAACCCUAUAAAUGCCUCGACUGUGGGAAACGUUUCAAUCAGAGUUCAAACCUUACCACGCAUCAGAGACUUCACAUGGCCCAGAAACCUUGAAUGUGGGAGCAGCUUAGGGUGACCAGAUGUCCUAAUUUUAUAGGCACAGUCAUGAUAUUUGGGGCUUUGUCUUAUAUAAGUGCCUAUUAACCCCCCUACCUAUGUCCCAAUUUUUCACACUUGCUGUCUGAUCACCCUAGAGCAGCUAUAACUCGGGAUCUGAUUGUGCCAGCCAUCAGCAAAUCCAUACAGGGGAAAUGCCUCUUAAAUGUCCUUACCAUGGACAGUCCUUCAGAGUUAAUGGGCUUGUCUACACUGCAGAGCCUUGGCCAUUGGUAUCUCUCUGCUGGCAGAGUGUCCCAGUGGAGACGCAGCUUAAGCCAACAGAAGGAGAUCUGCUGAAAUGGCUAAACCACCUCCGGGAAGGACAUUUGCUAAGCCCACAGACGCACUAGCUGUGCUUACACUGGGAUUUUUUGCCAGGAUAGCUAGGUUGUCAUGGGGGUGUAUGAUUUUUUCACACUCCUCGCCAACAUAGAUCUGUCGAUGGCUACUAGCCAGGAUGGGCAGGGAUGGUGUCCCUAGCCUCUGUUUGCCAGAAGCUGGGA